CCUGUGGGGACAGCUUCCCAGGCCAGCUGGGCACUGUGCUGCUGGGCAAGCUGCUGUGGGUACCUCUGUAGGGCCAAGCAGUGGGGUUGGGCUGGAUGAUGUUCAGAGGUCCCUUCCAACCCCACUGUGUGGGGGUCUGUGGUUCUGUGACUUUUUUCAGCUGUACUGCAAUUCUGUGCUCUUCCCCAUGCCUGGUGUCCUGCUGCCUUACAGCCUGAGGCUGUCACAUCUCCUAUUUUUCUACUGUUCCUUUUGAUACAUCUUUGUCCCUUCCCUUCUGCUGGAGCUUUGCAAGCCUUUGGAUGAACACAUAUUAUUUGGGGUUCUUCUGAGAUCCUGCUUCCUCACAGACUCCAUGUGUCCAAGGUUACCCAUCUGGUCAAGGAGACAGAGGUGGAAGCUACUCUGUGUCCUCCUCACCAUGUGGGCUGCAAGGUGAAUGGGGCAGUGAAUGAUGGUGCUCGAUGCCCUCCAGCAGCACACUGGGAACAAACCUCUCAGGAGCUGUUUGAGGGGAAGUCUUGGGGUCUGCUUUGUAGUUUUGUAGUCAGAGGGAAAAUGAAUUCCCAGGAAAAAACCAAACAAACAGCAACCAACCCUUUACCCUUUGCGAUGUCAGCAACUUGGGAUGCCUUUCCCAUUGGAGGAGUGAGGAGACUUCACCUUGGUGCCUCGAGGAGCUGCCAACUCAUCCAUGAGCGGCUAUCUCCUGCCCUGGCAGGGCUGUGAGGCUGGGAGGUGACCUGCUCCUCCAGGAUCUCUGCCAUGGUGCUGAAGGUCUUCUUUCCAUCAUGCUGCUCUUCAGCAGAAAGUGGUAUAUUGGUUGGCCACUGGAUCUCCCAGCAGAGCUCUGCUGUUGUCCUGGCCGUGCUCCACUUCCCUUUCAUUCCUGUCCAGGUGAGGAAGUACCUCAGUCAAGUCCAGCAGGUGACUCAGGUCAGCGUUUCUGUGCUCGGCUCAUGGACCAACAGCAAGCAGGAGAAGGAAGAGAGCCUCAGUCAGUUCUUAGAAGACCUUGGGACAUUAUUUUCCCAUGAGUUGUGGAUUCAGAUAAGCAAAGAGGGAGACAGCAAAUUCUGGAGUUGUUCUGCCCUUCAGAAGCACCACAGCAAGCCUAAGGAGGAAGAAAUCAUCCUGGUGUACUAUGAGCAGCGCAAGGUGAUGCUUUGCCACCUGCAUCCCCCUCUGCACACAGCUGCCUCUGCUGACCAUGGAGCAGCAGAUGCCUCAAAGCUUGCUGCCAUCUUUGAGACAGUUGCAAAGAGCAAGAUGCUGUUCAUGACAGACAGAUAUGAUGAGGGGCCCAUCAAGCUGACCCACUGGCAGUCAGAUGGUGUUGAAGCCAGCAUCAUCGUGGAGCUGCUGAAGCAGGCCUCUGUGCCUGCCUGCAUGCUGCUGUCAUUCCUGCUCUCCCUGGUCUCCUGGAUCUGCAGGAGCAGGGUGCUGAAGUUUUGGCCUUUGUGUUUCUUAUGGAGCAAACUCUCCACUUGUGAGCAGCUGGGACAUCGCCUGCAGCACCUCCAGCUCAUCAGCAGCAACAAGAAGGCUCCAAACCAGACUCAGCAAAUGAGGAAAGCCAACAUCUUGGUGUCCCUACUGCUUGAUGUGGCCCUGGGGCUACUGCUGAUGUCUUGGCUCUACAGAAAGAACAGAAUUGGGCACCUUGCUGACACCCUCAUCCCCGUGGCUGAUCAUGUGGCUGAAGAGCUGCAGGACCUGCUGCAGUGGCUGAUGGGGGCACCAGCUGGACUCAAGAUGAACCGAGCCUUGGAUCAGGUGUUGGGACGCUUCUUCCUCUACCACAUCCACCUCUGGAUCAGCUACAUCCACCUGCUGUCCCCCUUCAUUGAGAUGAUUCUCUGGUACGUGGCUCUGUCAGCCUGUCUGGGCCUGACUGUGGCUCUCUGCAUCCUCUCCGACAUCAUCGCCCUCCUCACCUUCCACAUCUACUGCUUCUACGUCUAUGGAGCCAGGCUCUACUGCCUGAAGAUUUACGGCCUCUCCUCCCUCUGGCGCCUGUUCCGCGGCAAGAAGUGGAACGUGCUGAGGCAGCGCGUCGACUCCUGCUCCUACGACCUGGACCAGUUAUUUAUUGGCACCUUGCUGUUCACCAUCCUGCUCUUCCUCCUGCCUACGACUGCACUCUAUUACUUGGUGUUCACCCUGCUGCGUUUGCUGGUGGUGGUUGUGCAGGGCCUGCUACACCUGCUGGUGGACCUGAUCAACUCCCUGCCUCUCUACUCGCUCCUCCUGCGGCUCUGCAGGUCCUACAGGCUCGCAGCUGGAGUGAAGUUCAGAGUCCUGGAGCAGCAGGAAGGAAAACCUCUCCGACUCCUUAUGCAGAUCAACCCUCUGUCAUAUGGCAGCGUGGUACAGACCUACAGGCUGCCAACCUACAGCUGCUACCCUAAGGACUCCUGGACAUCCCUCUGCAAGAAGCUGUUCCUUGGAGAGCUGAUCUACCCUUGGAAGCACAAAGGAGAGAAGCAGGACUAAAGGAAGCAGUGAAGCUUGAGAGACUUGGUCAGGAAACCACGUGGGAUCCUCCUGCUUUUGGACCAAAGGUGCCUCCAAGCCUAGGUCCCUGUGCCUAGGGUCUGGUGAGGUGGGAAGGGCCUGGAUUUUCUCCAGGCAAGUAUUUUUCAAUAUGAUUUUUCAACUUUCCUCUUCCCCUCACACUCUCUUCGUGGAAUAUGCUGGGAAGGCUUCUUGAAGCCAAAGGUGAAACCUCUCAGUGCCUCCUGAGAGCAGUAUUUUGUGUGGGUGAGGAAGUACCUUCUGAAUGGGCUGCUGCUGCUGGUGAUGAUGAUCUUCUUCCAUGUGAGCUCCCCAGGGGUGUGUUAAAUCAGCCCUUAGGGUGCUGCAAAGCCACAACACUGAGGUGCCAAAGGGUAUUUUGGAGCCUUUUCUGCUUCAGCCUUCAAGCUGUUUGAUCAAAGCCAGGAUGGAGGUUCAGCUUGUUGAGUCCUACGCUGGGUUGCCUCUCCUCAGGGGGGAUUUAUUCUUCUCCUUGUAGCUGAGCUGGGGUUCACCCCCACAGCACAACACAAGAGUGGGGCUGGAGGCCCAGAACUCAGCCUGCUGUACCUUUGUGCAUAUGGGGCCUGUGGGGCCUCAGCUAACUGUUCUGGAAGGCAAAGAGUACUUUGGUGGGGGGGAGGAGGAGCUGAGCCCUGAGCUGACACCAGGACUGAUGUGCUGAGCAUAAGGCUCAGCCUCCAGGCUGCUCAGCCCUGCAGCCAGAGCUCUGGGCUCUGCUAGGGCUCAGGGCUCCUUCUCAUGGUGCCAGUGCUAGGCAAACGGGGCCAGUCCUGGCUGGGAAUGUUCUGCCAGAGGACAGCAGCAGUAGCCCAGCUCUUGGACAGCUCCCCCCGCCCCGGGAGUGUGUGCUGUGUCCUUGCAGUGCCACUGCAUCCUCCUCUUGCUCGGGGCCCAGCUGAGAGCCUCAUCUUUUGCACUUUGUGCCAGUGAAGGAGCUUUGGAAGGCAUCUCAGAUGUGAGACAUCUAAAGCCACUGCAGCUUCAGACACGUUUUCCUCGGCAGAGUUUCCCUGCCCCUGUGGGUCGUGGUGCCCUGGGCUGACUGCUCUCGCUUUGAUGUGGGCCUCCUGUUCCCUGUCUUGGGGAGGGUGCUUCUGAGCACAGGACUGUGAUGUCCCACUGGGUACUUUGUGGUGUGACACAAGAAGGACAUGGACCUGAUGGAGAGACCCCAGAGGAGGCUGUGAAGGUGAUCAGAGGGUAGAGAACCUCUGCUGUGGGGACAGGCUGGGAGAGUUGGGGCUGUUGAGCCUGGAGAAGAGAAUUCUCCAGGGAUACCUCAGAGCAGCCUUUCUGUGCUUGAAGUGGCACCAGGAGAGCUGGGGAUAGACUUUGGAAAAGGGCUGGGAGUGACAGCACAAGGGGGAAAUGGCUUUGAGCUGGGAGAGGGGAGACUGAGAGUGGAGAUGAGGAAGAAAUUGUCUGCAGUGAGGGUGUGGAGAGUCUGGAAGAGUUUGCCCAGGGAGGUGUCGAAGGGCAGGCUGGAUGAGGCCUUGAGCAACCUGGGCUGGUGGGAGCUGUCCCUGCUCAUGGCAGGUGGUUGGAGCUGGAUGAUCUUGAAGUUCCCUUCCAACCCAACCCAUUCUAGGAUUCUAAGAGUUUCUCCCUGCUCCAGCCAUGAAUUAGCUCCAGGUUGUGACAGUCUGAAAGAUGCUUCUCCCUCCAGCUUCAGUCAGAGUGAUGGAGACCCAUCCUCAGUGACACUCUGCAGAACAGAUUUACACUUCGUGUCCCUCUCCUGUUCCCACUGAAGCUCCUAAAUGACAUCACCCUGCUUCCUCCCACGCCUGCACCGUUUGCUUUGCUGGCUGCUGGGAGAGCCUGGACUAUUUUUGGUCUUGUGAAAAUAAUGCUCCUAAUAUCCUGUCUUGGAGAUCUUCCUGGGAGCCCAGACAGCACACCAUGGUCCUAAUUGUGCCUUUCCUUUAGGAUCCACUACCCCAAAAGCCCCAGGGACAGCACAGAGCCAUGAAAAUCAGCAAAGCUGACCUGCCUGUGGGCAACCUGACAGGCACACUGAGUGUUCCACUGUUCCUUUGUGAGAGGCUGGUACUGACUGUGGGAUGGUGAAGUCACGGAACAAAAGAGGUUGGAAGGGACCUCUGGAGGUCAUCCAGUCCAAAGUCCCCUGCCAGAGCAGGCUCACCCAGGACAGGUUGCACAGGAAUACAUCCAGGUGGGUUUGGAAGCUGUGCAGAGAUGCAGACUCCACAACCUUCCAGGACAGCCUGCCCCAGGGCUCUGCCACUCUCACAGUUCCUCCUCAAGUUCAGAUGGAACUUCCUAUGGUCAAGUUUGUGCUCAUUGCCUCUUGUCCUGUCACUGGGGAGCAUUGAGGAGAGUCUGACCCCAUCCUCCUGACAUCCACCCCUUAUUUAUUUGUAAGCAUUGAUCAGACCCUCUCAGCCUCCUCUUCUCCAGGCUGCCCAGCCCAAACUCCCUCAGCCCCUCCUCAGGUGAGAACAGUCCCAGUGCCCUCAGCAUCUCAGCUGAUUCCAGCCCUGCUUUGGGCUCCUCCUCACACUGGCACCAGCUCAUCCUGAACCUUCUGCAAUGCAGAGCACCUAGAGCUGGGACUUGCUGGCCCAGCUGCGAAGUGUCAGCCCCUUGUGGGCACAGUUCUGUGCCACGCAAAGCUGGUGCCUGAGCUCUCUUGCUGUUCCUCACCCUCAGCAUUCUCCUUGCCCCACCAUGGUGUCUGAGCCCAGGAGUUUGUCCUGCUGGCUGCUUGCCAUGGCUCUCCUCUUCCUCUCCAGUCUCUGCUGUGCAAGAAGCUGCCCCCACCCUUUUCCGACUGCACAGAGGCAGGACAGCAGAACAGACAUCCUGCUCAGGAGACUUGGACCUGAGGUCAUCUCUCUAAUUAGAAGCUGGGAUCAGCAGCACCUUCACAGCAGUACAGGCUGGCCCAGUGCUGCCAUUUCCUCAGGGAAGAGGCUGCAGAAGGUGUUCUGGGUCUCAUUUAUUUGCUAGGACCAGUUUUGAGGCCCUCACAUUGAGGGACUGGAGCUUGUCCAGCUGGGGAACAAGGAGGAGCAAAACCACUUCCCAUUUCUCUGUAAAAUUCCCUCCCAAAUUUCCACAUCUUGGUUCCCUUCUACAUUUUGCUACAGCAGCUCCAGAGAAGGGCAACAGCAUGGGGAAAGGGUCUGGAGAAGAGGGCUGGGGAGGAGCAGCUGAGGGAGCUGGAGGUGUGCAGCCUGGAGAAGAGGAGGCUGAGGGCAGAGCUCAUUGCUCUCUGCAGCUCCCUGAGAGGAGGCUGCAGCCAGCUGGGGGUUAGGCUCUGCUCCCUAGUCUCAGGUGAGAGAAGGAGAGGAACUGGCCUGGAAUUGUGCCAGAGGAGGGUUAGGUUGGAGAGAAGGAAGAAUUUCUUUGCUGCCAGAGUGGUCAGGGACUGUCCCAGGCUGCCCAGGGAGGUGGUGGAGUCCCCAGGGUUUGGUGGCAUUGGCUGUGUUGGGUUGCUGGUCAGACUGGAUGAGCUUGGAGGCCUUUUCCAACCCAGACAGUUCUGUGAUUCUAUCCUCAAGUCCACGUUCUCAGUCCUUGGAUGGGAAGCAGUUAAAGAUUUCAGAUCUUCUCUGAUUCCCACCACACAUCCCUCACAGCAGUCACAAGGAAUCUUUGCCAAGCAUCAUCCAAAGGCUGCAAUUGUGCAGAUUUCUUGUGGUGCUUCAUUUCCUUAUGAUUAUUUCUUCCUCUUUGUGGUUCCUAGUGCUGGCACAGCCUCCUGCCCCUCACAGCUCCUUUAGCUCUUGCUGAGCAUUGCUCAGAUGCCCUCUGGGGCUGCUCUUCUGCAGGCUCUCAGCUCCAGGGCUCUCAGCCUUUGCUCCUCCCAGAGCUGCUGCAGGCCCCUCAGCAGCUUUGCAGCCUCCCCCAGACUCUCUCCAGCAGUUCUCUGUCUCUCCUGAACUGGGGAGCCCAGAACUGGACCCAGGACUCCAGAUGUAGCCUCCCCAGGGCAGAGUAGAGGGGGAAGAGAACCUCCUUUGGUCUGCUAGCCACACUCUUCUCAAUGCACCCCACAACCUGCUUGUUACACCACAACAGAAUCACAAACAGGUGGGGAUUGGAAGAAGCCUCUGGAAAUCAUCUGGUCCAGUUCCCCUACUGGGCAGCCUGCUCCAGGCCUCCAGCAGCCUAACAACCAACUUUCUCCUCCUGGUCAGAUGGAGCCUUCUGGAUGCCACUUUGUGUCCCUAGCCCCUUGUCCUGGCCCUGGCCACCACUGACAAAAGCCUGGCCCCAGCCUCUUACCCAGUCUCCAGUUGACAUCUGCUGUAGCUGAUCCUUCUCCCAAGAGUGGUUCAUGGGUUUAAAUAAAGGAUUUUUCAGGAUGCACUGGGA